UAAAAAGAUGAAACAUUCAGUAUUCGAAGUCGUUAGGUUUUGAUCGAAGGUGCGAAGAAUAUAAUUUUAAAUUAUGGUCUAUGAAACAUCAUAUGACACAGGUUUAAAACCUUUUAACCAUGAUAAGAAUCGAGGGAAAUGGUCAUCACCGAAUGAUUUCUUCUUCGCCUGCCUUGGACAUGCAUUUAAAAUUGAUGCUAUUUUCAUUUUUCCGGCAGUUUUGUUUUAUGAUCUUGGAAUCUAUACACUGAUUCCAUACUUAAUAACACUGGGUGUAUGCGUGGUGCCUAUUGUAUUUAUGCAAUCAUUUCUUGGACAAUUCUCAAGCACUGGAUUUAUAUCGGUGUUUCGAAUUUCACCAAUCUUUAAAGGUGUUGGAUAUGUUUCAUUGUUUAUUAAUCUUAUGAGCCUCACUUAUUAUGCAAUUCUUGGAGCUAUACCAUUAUUCUUCUUGUUGCACUCUCUUCAACCAACAAUUCCAUGGAGUUGUGAAGGAUCCAAAAGUUGGAUGAAAGUCAAUGAAAAUUCUACUUCAAUCUGUGAUUAUAACAAUGAAACUUAUGGAAAUUGGACCGAACUUGAAGUUCCCUCAAUUGAGUAUUUCGAUCUUGAGUUAAACACAAUGGGAAUGUACCACAGAGAGCAUCCAGAAGGACGAUUUUCAUGGUUCUUGAUGAUAUGCUCGUUCAUUAUUUGGGGCGUGGUUGCCACCGUUGCUCUUAAACCUAUUGAAUUAAUAGGAAAAAUUCUACGAUAUUCGUGUAUAACAGUCAUGGCAAUUAUGGGACUUUGUGUGCUAAGAUUUCUCUUUCUGCCCGGAGCCUUUGAUAGUUUAAAACAUGUUUUUCGGCCAAUGUUCUUUAUGGCUGAAUCCAUAGUAAUGGUGCCAUUUUUGGCUUUCUCAGCUUUGGGACCUGGUUGGGGUUCGAUUUUAACCAUGGCAAGCUAUAAUAAAUUUGACACGAAUAUAUUUCGAUACAGUUGGCUUUUGUGUUUGUCACAAAUUGGUAUAGCACUGGGAAUGGCAUUUUUGUCAAUUUUUAUGAUGAGUUUUAUGUCAAGACUUGAUCCAGAAAAUAUUGGAUACAAAUAUAUUCACUCACAAUGGAUGGAAUUUUUAACCAUACCAACUGGAAUCACUUACAUGGAACUUCCUCAUAUUUGGUCUUUGUUAUUUUUUUCAAUGAUAAUUCUUGGAGCUUUAAAUCUUUUGAUUACUCAACUACUUUCAGUUAUGACGUCUAUGUUUGAUGAGUUUGAAUUGUUGCGAGAAUACAAGAAAGAAUUCACUUUGGCAACAGUGGGCUUUAUGGCAUUGACUUCCAUUUUCUAUUGUUCAAAUUAUGGAAUAACUUUCGCCGAAUCACUUAUGCAAGUUUCAGUCCUAAGUCAAAUGAUCUUAAAUUUGAUACUAUUGAUUGUGAUUGUUUGGAUUUAUGGACGUGAACGAUUCCAAAGAGAUGUUUCAUUUAUGACAAAUCAAACAUAUUCCACAUGGAUGAUAAAUGUCAUGAGAUAUGUUGCUCCAUUUUUCAUAGCUUUAGCAAUGCUUAUGGCGCUGGCAUUUGUUUUUAUUCAUUCAGGAAAAUUCAAUUCUGUGACAGUGUUUACAUUUAUUGCUUUAAUUGCAAUUCUCCCAUGGACAUUAGUUCCUGGUUAUUGUAUAUUUAAGACAUUACAAACAACUGGAGUUCUGGGAACACGACUGAAAAGAAGUGUUAGACCCACAGAUUGGUAUCCAGUUGAUCCUGUUGAUAGACGAAAGUAUGAGGAGAAAUUUAAUGAAACAGAAAUAUCACAUAAUAUUUUCACAGAAAUUACCGAAGAAUAAAUUUGAAUUAAAAGUAAGAUCGUA